AUGAAGCUGAGCAGCCUCCCGGCGCCCACUGGGUUCUUCCUCCUGCUCUUUCUCCACAUGGCACAGCCUGGAUUCCGCAAGGCUAUCUGGAAACCUGGCUAUUGCCCAGAUUUUUUUCUUUCCUGCCCUUUUCUCUUACCUCUGUGCCGGCGCGAUAGAGGCUGCAGUGGGUCCAAGAGGUGUUGUGUCUACAACUGCAGUCGUCAGUGUACGGAGACGUGGCCGACUUUGGACUGA